AUGGAUGACUCUAACAAAGGAGUUGAUUUUGAUGUAGAGCAAUCUUUCAUAAAAAGAAUAGGCAAAAGUAUAUAAAUUACUAUCUAUUCUAUUAUGUAUGAGAUACUUAACAGUGGUGAAAAGAUUUCUUUUACAUUGCGUACAUUUUUGAUACUAAUAGAAACAAUAUAAGUUCUGAACUUUUAAUUCUCUCCUCGUUUUGAAUCUAUGUGGAAAAAUAGCAGUGUAACUUCUACAGUUGCAAAAAUAAUUCGUUAUACUAGCAUAUAGCCGAAUCUAAUUAAUGGAAAUAUAUAAAAUUAUGAAGUGGCUAUUUAUAUUGCCUCAAGCUUAAUGAUGUUCUGCAUUAUACAAAUCUGUUUAAUAGUGUUUUCAUUAGAGAGAAAAAAAGGUAUAUUUUAAUGGCCUGUUUUGAUUCUAAAGCAUAUGACUGAAUUAUUGUCGAAUGUUUUAUAUAUCCCUUUGUUUUAGCUAUUUUUAAGUGUAUUUUAAUGCAAGUAAUAACCAGGAUCUAGCUAAUUAUACAUGGAGUACUUUCCUGCAUAGCAGUGUUUCACAGGAUCACAUAUUACUCUAACAUUUUUAGGGGCAUUUUUUGCAGUGUUUGUAUUAAUUUAUUCUGGAAUCAGUUCCCUUCUUUAUUUUGAUUGCAGGAUGGUUUCUCAAGAUUGCAAUUCGAAGUUAACAUCAAGAGGAGAAUUUGCAUUUUUUUUAUAUAAAACCUUCCUAGUAAUCUUGACCACUUUCCUUGACGACGAGCAUUACAAGAUUCUUAUUAUUGCCUUAAUUACUAUUGGGUCAUUUUUGAUGUUUGAGUAUUACAAUUUAAAUCUUAAUCACAAUCAUUACUGGAUAGCUAAAAUAAUAUCAGCUCAACAUAUAGUUAAUACUUGGACUAGUUUAAUGAUGAUUCUAGCAUACAUAUCUUAAUACCAGCAAUUUGAUUAAAGCAUUAACAUUUGGCUUAUAGGUUUACCUUUCAUCGUAGGUAUAUCUAUCAUAAGAAGGGAAUAUAGAAUAGAUAUAUUGCUAACAAAUACUAACUUAUAUGAUGUUUUAAGUCAACCACUAACAGAGCUUCCUUAUAUAACGAAGCUACUGUCGUUUUACUACACAGAUAAAUGCAUUUAAAUUCUUUUAGAAGGGUUUCUAGACUAUCAUAGCUGGCUAUGUAAUAAAGAAGAAUGUGCCUCUAAAAGAAAAAUUGUAAAGACAACAAAGUUUUCAAAAGAAAUGAGAUAAUAAGGUGAGUGUGAAAAAAUGAUAAGAUUAAUACUUGCAAUUAAGGGUAUGUACUAUUAUGCUUUGCAGAGAUUUCCCAACAAUACAUAUUUAAGAAUAAUGUAUUCGCUGUUUCUAUUAGAUAAAAUGCUUUCUAAGUAGUAAGCUAUGCAAGAAUUAUUGAAUACUGAGCUUGAAGGUCCAGCUUUUGAUGAGUAGUUUGUUAUUUUUAGAUAUAAAAGAAUCAUCGAAAACGAAUUAAAAGUAUCAACAGUUCAAUCAAGCAUUAUUUAAAAAAAUAAAAAAGAAGGAAACUCUGAAAUGGUAAAUGAGCUAUCAAUAUAAAACCAUUAAGAUGCUUGUAGAUCUAGCAUAGAAAAAAGUGCUAAUUUGCAUGUUGAAUUUUGGUCUUAACUGUCCGAAGACUAACCUGAUCUUGGAAAGCUUUCCGAGAUAGGGUUUAAAAUUAACAUUAUCAAUUAGCAAGCAGACGAGCAAUGGAAUAAACUAUAACAAAUCAGCUCCUAUAAUCCUUAAUUGAUGAGACUUUAUUCCAAAUAUAAACUGGAAAUCCUAAAUGAUAAAGAAGGAGGUUAUAAAAUAAUUAAUGAACUUAAUAAGAGCAAUAAUCAAAACUCUAAAUAGCAAGGGUAUAUUGAUUUAACUUCAGAUCCUAAACCAACUAUUGUAAUAUCAGCAGAAGAUGAUCAAUUCGGAAUUAUUACUAAUGCUAACCUAGCUGCUUCAGGAGCGCUAGGUUAUCAUAAAGUAGAAGUUAUAAAUAGAAAUAUAAAUGCUAUAAUGCCUUAUUUAUACGCUUAACAUCAUGAUAAAUUUAUUGAGUCCUACUUGCAAACAUUAGAAGCAAGAUUAUUAAAUAUGGACAGAUUAGUUCCAGCUAAAUCAAAAAACGAUUAUAUAUUGAUGGUAAUUGCAUUUGUUAGGCAUGUUCCUUCACUCAUACAUGGAACUUAGUUUAUAGGCCAGUUUUCAAUAAAAAAUCAAAAAAAGAAUUUAGGAUUUUUGCUGAUUAACUUAGAAGGAGAAAUUUUAAACAUUAAUCCUUAAUGUAUCAGUAUUUUACAAAUAGAUUAGAAAAGGCUUGGUAAAAGAUAGGCAAACAUGAAUAACGCUGUUGAAGGAUUCAUAGAUAAUAUAGACACUUUUAAAGUAAAAAAUGGAGCUCCUACGAAAAUGAAAGAAUUUGGCAAAAAUGCAUUGGAAUUUGAUGCUAUAAUUUAAGUAUAAGAAGUUCAGUUAAAAAUAGGACAUGUAGGAUACAUAGUUUAGAUAGAGAGAGUUAAUUCAAAUCAACAAUUUAAUAAAAACAGCCUUCUGUAAACUAAAAGAGAUAUAAAAUCUUAAAUACCUUAUCAUAUAGAAUUUAAGAUUGAUCCUACCUUAAAAAUAUAUUAUGGUGAAUUUUAACAUGGAAUGUAAUCACAAAUAAAAGAUAAUAUUGAAGAAAGGAGUAUUAUCUUUAAUUCUCACUUGGCAGCAGAGAGUUAUAGAACUGAUAACAUGAGUGCUAUUGCUGAUUAACUUUCAAAAACCUUUAAUAAAGCGAUUUAAGACACCAAUAAUUAUGUUCACACAACUGAACGUGUAAACGAGAAUAAUUAAGAAAUAAAAGAGGAACAAGCCAAAGAUUAUGCAAAAGGUAUCAGAUGUGUUAGGUUAAUUGGAACUAAAAUGGUAGACAUUGAAGAUUUAAAAAUGUAAGAGGAGGAGUAAGAAGAAGAGCUCAAGGAAGAAAAUGAAUAUGUUUAGAGUGCCGUUUAGUAAAAGGAUGAAAAUGAUAAUGAUGAUGAUAGAAGCAACAUUGGCAGCAUCUUUAAAAAAAGAGAUAGAUUUAUAAAAUUUAUAAAUGAUACUCAAUUUUUAAAGUCUUAAGGAUUGAAGCUGAUGCAGUACUACUCAAUAAUUUUUAUUUUAAUUGCUUCAGGUCUAUGCUUGUUUACUUUUUUCAUAGUUUCAAAUGAACUACAAGAGGCUAAGUAGCGUUACUAGUUUCUUGCUUAAUCAAACUAACUCACAGCUGAUGGGCAAAUCAUUCUUUCUAAAAUAUAAUAACUCUAUUUUCUUAAUAUGAAUAUUAUAAAUCCAACUGAUAGCAACGCUUAUUAACAGUAAUAGAAAUAAGACAUUGAAACAUACUAAAAUGACCUUUAGUAACUCUAAAUUUCUUUAGAAAGUAAUACUCUUGAUAUGCUUGCAGGUCAUAGCGAUCUUUUAAAUAAUCCUGCUGUUAGAUUAAAGAAUCUUUUAGCAGGAUAAGUUUCUUAUACGUAUCAUACAAUCAGUGACGCAACUAGACAAAUAAUAUCAGCAUCGAAUUUUGUUUAAAACAUGACUUUAAGCUAAUUCGUAUUUACACAGAGCCAAUUUUACUUUUUAGAGAGCAACUUGCUGAAUGAUUACAACAUUCAAUUAAAUAAUGUCACUAAUUAUUAUGUGUUAGAGCUUUAAAAUUGGGUUAAUUAAAAAGAAGUAAUAAUCUAUAUUUAAUUAGUUGUGAUCGGGCUGUUUACAUUAGUUUCAAUAGUUUUGAUUUUCCCAUUUUAUAACAUGAUGAUUUUAUCCUAAAAAUAAGUGCUUCAAGUAUUUCUUGAUAUCCCUCUUUCUAAGGUCAAAAAGCUAUACAUUCAAUGUGAAACUUUUUUGACUUAGCUAUAAUCUGGCAAUGAUGACGAAUUACAAACAGAAAUUUCAGAUUAAGUCGAUGUUGACGAUGACCACUAACUUUUACUUAAUAGGAAGGGAAACAAACCCAGAAAGAUAAAAAUAAAUUUAAGAAAUCAAAAGAGCGCAUUUGUACCAUUAUUAGUAACUUUAACAGGGUUAUGGGGUUACUACAUCUUAGUAUAUUUUUUAACAGUGUCAUUUUCUGAUAACCUUUCUUAGUUCAUUCAAGAAUUUAAUUCAACAUCUAAUUUAGAAAAUUUCUUUGGUUUUUCUACAAAUAAUUUAAAAUAAUUGCUUAUAGAUUACACUUUUCCAAUUAGAAAUAUAGAUUCAGCUUAAUAAGUCAUGUUAAAUAUCAACGAGAUGUAUAACAUAAAUAGCAUCAUACAAUAAGAGCACUCCAAGAAUUUGUAAAGUCAUGAUUCAUCUUAUAACUCUGAUUAUGCUUCAAUUUAUAUGAGUGAUUGCUGUAACAUUCUGACAAAUUUAAAACAAGUUUCAGUUGAAGAUUGCUAAGAUUUUUUAUAUGGAAGUGUAACUUAAGGUAUGGCAGUUGUGAUUCCCAGAUAUAUUGAAAUAUACAGGGAUAUCAAAUCAUAGUAUGAUAAAAUUAUAUAAGGGUAUUCAGGAUAGGAACAAAGAAAUAGGCUUAACUAAUUAAUUAACUCAACUGAUGUGAAUCAAAUAUUCACCAUACAAGAUACUUACAUCAAAAAUUUAUUUAGGUAUUUAUGUUAGAGCUUUAUAUCAAGUAUUUCUAAAUAAAACGAUGACUAGUUAAAUCUUAGAAUUACUCUUUUGAUAAUAAGUGUUGGAACCUUAGCUUUUAUAUAUUUAUUUAUUUGGACUCCUAUUCUUAGCAACUUAAAUAAAAAUAUAGAAAAAGUUAGGUCAAUGAUACUAAUGAUACCUCUUGAUAUCUGUGAAGGUGUUAAAUCUAUAAGAAAUCUGCUUUCAAAGUAUAUGAAUAGCAUAGUUGAAGAAAAAUCAAAUUGA